CCCGCGGGCGCUGCCGGGGGCCGCCGUGCGCGUGCGCGGGCGAGGCACUUCCGCCGGCCGGAAAGCGGCGGGGGAGACCACAGGAGUGACUGGUCAGGAGUGAGGGAUUUCCUGUGAUCGCAGCGCCGUCCAAAGCAGGGCUUGCUCUUGCCGGCUCUUCAGAGUUCGUAAGGGGACCGGGAAGAUGGUGAAUGUUCUGAAAGGUGUUCUGGUUGAGUGUGACCCAGCAAUGAAGCAGUUCCUGCUCUACUUGGAUGAGUCAAAUGCUUUGGGAAAGAAGUUCAUCAUACAAGACCUGGAUGAAACUCAUGUCUUUGUGUUAGCUGAGCUGGUCAACUUCCUCCAGGAGAGAGUGGGCGAGUUAAUGGACCAGAACUCAUUUCCUAUUACUCAGAAGUGAGAAAAACCAGAGAAAUGAGAUUGCUGCAAGUUUUGGAACAGUGAAUUUCAAUCGUUUGGUUUGUUACUGUUUUAAUAGAUAACACUGUGGUAUGUAAGUUCUACAUAGAAGUGGCUACUAUAGAAAGUGCAUCAUUUUCAUAGGCAAAAUAGUCUUGAAUUGGAUUUUGUUUCUCAUUUUGAAAGUAUGUGGUAUCUUUAUUAAAAUGCUUAAAAUUAUACA